AUGGCAGCGGCGCCGGGGCAAGCUGGGGAGGGCGACUGCGCGUCUCUUCAUCUCAUGCAACAGCUGCUGGUGUCGACGCUGGACCACCGGCAGGCGAUUCGCGAGCAGGCGGAGCUGCAACUCGUCGGCGCGCGCGAUGGAGACUUCAGCCUCUUUCUGGUCUCGCUCGCGCGCGUCAUCGACGCGCCUCUCGCGACCGCGGACUCGCACCAAGUCCAGGAGCAACUGCUGUCCAAGCAAAUCGCCGCUGUCACCUUCAAGAACUGCAUCAGCGCCAAGGACGUCGUCCUCGACAACGCAGCUGCAGAGAGAUGGCGUGCCGUCGCCGAAGAGGCCAAGCAGGCGAUGCGCCUGCAGCUCCUCGCCGCAAUCAAAACCGAACACAUCCAAGUGGCGAACGCGGUGUGCCAGGUGUUGUCCAAGAUCGGGAGAGUCGAGCUGCCGGGCGACGGUUUCCCCGAACUUUUGCCUUUUCUAUUGACGCUCGUCACAGAAGCAACGAUGACGCCGGAAGCGAGCGCGCAAGCGGACGGGGUGUCUGCACACCGCAAGGUGUAUGGGCGAAACGCCCUCACCUGCCUCGCCUACUUGUGUGAAGAACACUCAGACAUCGUCGAGGAAACAGGAGAGGAUCCAGCAGACGUCUUGAGCGAGGCGCACUGUAACAACAUCCUCACGGCGGUUGUGCAGGGAAUGAAGGACGAGGACGUGCAGCUGAAGGUUGCAGCGCUCAAGGCUCUUUACCACGCCCUCAUUUUCUCAAAGAAAAAUUUCGAGAACCAGACGGAGCGCGAAUACAUCAUCCAGGUGGUGUUGGAGAACACGAAGGUGGCCCACCAGGCGGUCCAGGUGUCCGCCUUCGAGUGUCUCGUGAAGAUCGCCGAGGAGUACUACUCGCUCCUCGAGCCGUACAUGAGCGGCAUUGGGCCUCUCUCCUGGGAGGCGCUGAAGAGCGGCGACGACAGUGUGUGCAUUGCAGCCAUGGAGCUGUGGAACACGAUUGCGGAUGUGGAAAUCGACAUCCAGCAGCAGGAGGAAGACGCGGCGUGUCUCGGCGCAGACGCGCCGGAGGGCGCCGGCGUGCCGAGAAACAGCCAAAUCAUCAAGCAGGCGCUCCCUUUUCUCCUCCCCAUUCUUCUCAACACACUUACCCAACAAGAGAGCGAAGAAGCAGACGCCGCGGACUCCUGGACGGCCGCCAUGGCGGCUGGCACGUGCCUCGGCCUCUGUGCUCAGGUAGUGAAGAACGACAUCUUGCCGCCGGUGAUUCAGUUUGUGUCUGAGAACUUUUCGAGUCCGGACUGGACACGGCGGGAGGCGGCGGUCUUGGCGUUCGGCAGCAUCAUGGAAGGCCCCGACACAGAGGCGCUGAAGCCGCUCGUCGAGGAGUCCUUCACAUCGCUCGUCAACGUUUUGCAGGAUUCUUCCGUGGCGGUCCGAGACACCGCUGCGUGGACGCUGGGGCGCAUCGCGCAGUUCCACACUCCCGUCGUGAUGCAGAAGCUGGUGAACGCAGACGGGACAGUCGUGGCCGAGAACAACUCGCUCCUCGCCGCCAUCGUGCACCGCCUGCUCGACCAGCCGCGCGUUGCCGUGAACGUCUGCUGGCUCCUCCACGAACUCGCGGAUCACAUGACCGCAGGCGACGGCGAGAAACUCGUCUCGACGCCUCUGGACCCUCUCUUCCAGAAACUUUGCGACGCUCUCAUCCAAGUCUCCGAACGCGCAGAUGCAGACGAGCGCAGCCUGCGGGAUGCUGCGUUCAAUUGCCUGGGAGCUCUCAUCAACAAUGCAGGCGAGAGCUGCAAACCGUCGAUGCUGAAACUGCUGGACCACUUCGUUCAGCAACUUUCCCAGUCCUUCAUGUUCGAGGCGAACGAGGCAACGCGCCAGCGCCAGGGGCUCCUCUGCGGCGUCAUCCAGAUCCUCUGCCUGCGGUUGGGGGACCAGGUCCAACCUGUGGCCUCGCAGAUCUGGGCGUGCCUCGCGCGAAUUUUCCGGGGGCCGUCGCCUCCGGCUAACGCACCGGCGGGGACUGCUGCGCAGCUUAGCUGCUCAGCCAGCGAGAGCAUCACGAACGACGCUUUGCUGGCGACUUCGGCGCUCGUGAACGCUGCGGGGCCUUCGACCGCAGCGUUCGCGGAAGAUGUGGUGUGCAUCGUCGCGUCGGGUCUGGAAAACUCGACGGGGUCGGCGGCGGGAAGUUCCGGCGGCGGCGCGGGGGCGGCUGCCGCGACCUCCGGGAGUAGCACGACAGACGAAUUGCAGACUGUGCGCAUUUGCGUCGAACUCGUCGGAGACGUGAGCCGAGCGCUCGGCCCCGCCUUCGCCCCGUACAGCGGACCUUUGUUGGCGCGCAUGUAUCAGAUGCUUCAGGAUCCAAAUGUCGAACGCGCGCUGAAGCCGUGCGUGAUGAUCGCUGUGGGCGACGCGGCGAUGACGAUGGGUGGCGAGGCGUUUGCCCCUUACCUCGACUCGUUCAUGGCGAUUCUUCACCAAGCUGGUAACACUUCCUACGACGUGGGCCCGAGCAACUGGCAAGUGAACGAAGAGUGGCUGUGGUAUAUCCACGACCUGCGCGAAGGCGUGCUCCAGGCGUACGUGUCCAUCGUGUACAGCUUUAAGGAGAAAGGCAUGCAGGAGCAGUUGAAGCUUUACGUGAAUGCGAUGUUGGACGUGGUCAAGGCUGUCGCGGCAACGAGUCCGAAAAUGCGGGGCGUGGAUGAGAACGUGAAGCAGGCCAUCGAGCUCGUCGGAGACUUGAUCAGCACUUACGGCGGAGACUUGACCCUGCACUUGCAGCGCGCGCCGUUCAUGGAGCAGCUGCUGCAACUCGCGCAGGUUCUCGGCGCUGUCAAGGACGCAGGGGGCGAGGCCUGCCUUCAGAAGGCCCAGUGGCUCAGACAGCUGAUGGCGCGGUACAGCUGA